UUUUGUAUUAUUAUUGUUUUCAAAUGUUCAGGAAGUUCUACCCCACUUUUAGCAACCCGAGCAAAGUGUUCAAACAGGGACGCCACCAGAGAUUUUAAUAACAUUGCCAUGAACAAAUGGCAGUAACAUUAUAGGGGCUGUUAUCAGCUACAGCUCCCUCACUUUUCUCCCCCAUACGGCGCCCAAGCAUUUGAAUCUGUUAAAAAUGUGUUAUAACCUGUGGCUAAUUGACUUCCACUGUAGCACCUGAUCAUACCAUACCUGCUGAAGAAGCCUCAUUGAGAGCAACCAUCUAAAAUGUUUCUCAUUUGUCUGCAGCUUGCCUACAUUUGAUGUCCGUUUGCAGUGAUUCCCUCCCUUAUUUAUGAGAUGCUUGUUUUAUUUUGAUGUAAUUCAUUCCCAUGAUUGUCUUGUCAUCGUUGGGUUGACCUCCUGACCCCUAACUUUAUCAAACAACUUUCAUCGGAAGACACAGGACAAUGUGUUUUCAGUAGCACACCACCUGUGUGUUCCUAUCUGUGGUCAUGAAAGUGUGAAGAGGCAAAUUAAUGCUGACGUUAAUUAUAUUUUAACCCCUUGUAUCCCCUUUAUAUUGGGCUAACUUUUUAUGUUUAAAUCUGUGCUAAAGGGAACAUCUGCAUAGGUGGUCAUUUGGAAGUAAAAUUAAUCAAAACUAUAUUUGGCAUUACAAUCAAGACAGAAAAUAUUGUGAAAGGUGGCAUUUUCUCAGUUUCUUACCUUGAUUUAUCUCUGCUGACAGAUUUAAUUAAUAAUUUAGAGGCAGGAUAUUGUAAUCCCAGUAGAAACAAGGACAUUACAUCAAGGUGACAGGGGUGCCAAAAAACUGGGAACUACCUUUUUUCUUUUCUGGAACUUAAACAUGACGUUAGACAACAUUUAGCGGGGCAAAAAGUGAUUGUUCGUAAGUAUUUUUCAUUUCAGUGACUCGACAAGUUUAGCAGGUCUCCCGCCGUGCAAGCUCCUCUGCAGUGCAUAUUUCAUUUCCGACCUCUGCUUAGUUUUCCUGAAACUGGACUCCAGGCCUGAUAAAUAAAACAUUGUGUGUGUGUGUGCUGCUGGCUGAUCACUGGAGCCCUGUCAGCUGUAUAAGUGGUGAAAGGCGACAUAAUCUUCCCCAGAACAAGAUCUGGACUGAGAUUGAGCGCACAGGCACCCAGCAGGAGGACCACAAACCCCUAUUCCCUGAGGACGAGGAGCAUGUUAGAGCCCCAGCAGCCUGGAGAGCUCCUCCUGCAUGAGUCCCCGCCGGUAUUUGGGAAGCCAUGGUACUGGCAGCGCAGCAGCAGCGCCAUGGAGAGCACGCGCAGCCUGGCGCACGUCAUCAUGGAGAUGCGCGAGGAUAUCAAGAAGCUGGAGGAGGAGAACCGAGAACUCAAGGGGGACUAUGGUCAGCGGACAUUUAGGGAAGGCAGUAGAGUUUCUUCAACCGCGGAGCAGAUUGAAAACCCGUACUUGAACCUGAGGAGGAAUGCGUCUGCGCCAGACCUUGAGGGACAAUAUAAAGAAAACACCGUCAUGACAGUCAGGAGGUACUCUAUCACCUCCAACAUGUCCGGUGUAACCAUGAAAGAGGGGGGGUCUGACAGAGCAGCGCGGAGGGACUCAGGAUGGGGACAACUACAAGAAGACAUCCACCAUCACCAUGGGAACAGCAUCUUUGGAAACUCAGCCAAAGGAGAGGUUACCAACAGGCACUCUCUGCAAGAAUAUGUGCACAAAAACAGGACAAAGGUAAAAACCGUGACAUUCCUUCUACCAGUGGAUGACAUUUACACCAGUAGACCAGUUCUCACUAAGCACCAGGAGGGGCCUAAAAUCACAGAGCUGGCCUCAAUAUCUGAGACAGAUUCUUGAAAGAGGAAGCAGAAUCUUGGAUGUGGACCAUGAGACAAAAUGCAGACACAAACUGAGCCUCUGUGGCCGCCUGACAGGUCAACCUCUUCUUAAUUUAGGUCAGGGUGGAUUGGGGCGUUUUAAUGAUCGAGCCAGGAGCUUUAUCACACUCACCACACAAACAGAGGACUCUGGUUACAGGUGUUUGUUUUCAUGCGGCCAUAGAGAUCCAGGCCCGGUCAGCAGCGAUGACACUCGGGGGGGGCCCCCUGCAGUGAGGAUCAGAUGUCUGGACUACGAUCUGAACCCUGGGUAGUUAUGGGGUGCAGGUGAUGGCACUUUAACAGACAAUCGUAGUCACUGACUCAGUCCUCGUGUGAAACUUCUGGUUCAUUAUUUAUUCAUCUUUGUUUCUUUUCUUUAAUGGUCGUCAAGGGAGUCACCUGUGUGUUUAAACAUGUGACCAGUUUCCUGACACUGUUUCUAAAGAGGCCCCUUAUAAAUAUUACCAGUGUUUGACAUACAAAUGUAAAAAUGAAAGUAAGGCACCUUUAACAGUCACUGCAAGCUAAUCCAAUUGUCAUAUCAGUGUUAUGAAAUGUUUUGAUAUAUUUUAAGAAGUUUGUUGAUUGUUGUCAUUGUGUCUCACUUGUGUCCUUCUUGUGGCUAACUUCAAAAUGUAAGGAUAAUUCAGUAUCAUGAUAUUAACCUAUUUAUGAUGAAAUAAACAGAAUUUUAAUGCUGCGAAAA